AUCCUUGGAGGUUGGGCUGAGAGCUGAACACCACCUCUUCCUGGUCUCCCAGGCCCUUGAAAGAAAAGAAUCUCCUGUAGGCCUGUACUCACCCCCAGAGUGGCUUGGCAUUGGCCAGGAAGGCAGCUGAAGCCUCACUGCCCCUCAUCCACGGCCGCUCAUCCACCGGGCAGGAGCCAUGGAUAAGUUCCGCAUGCUCUUCCAGCACUUCCAGUCCAGCUCUGAGUCGGUGAUGAACGGCAUCUGCCUGCUGCUGGCCGCAGUCACAGUCAAGCUGUACUCCUCCUUCGACUUCAACUGUCCCUGCCUGGUGCGCUACAACGCCCUCUACGGCCUGGGCCUGCUGCUCACACCCCCCGUCGCCCUUUUCCUCUGCGGCCUCCUAGCCAACCGGCAGUCCGUGCUGGUGGUCGAGGAGUGGCACCGGCCGGCAGGGCGCCGGAGGAAGGACCCAGGCAUCAUCAGGUACAUGUGCUCCUCCGUGCUGCAGAGAGCACUGGCCGCCCCCCUCGUCUGGAUCCUCCUGGCCCUCCUUGACGGGAAGUGCUUUGUGUGUGCUUUCAGCAGCUCUGUUGACCCCGAGAAGUUUCUGGACUUUGCCAACAUGACCCCCAGCCAGGUGCAGCUCUUCUUGGCCAAGGUGCCCUGCAAGGAGGAUGAGCUGGUCAGGGAUAGUCCUGCUCGAAAGGCAGUGUCUCGCUACCUGCGGUGCCUGUCCCAGGCCAUUGGCUGGAGCAUCACCCUGCUGCUGAUUGUCGUAGCCUUCCUGGCCCGCUGCCUGAGACCUUGCUUCGACCAGACAGUCUUCCUGCAGCGCAGAUACUGGAGCAAUUACGUGGACCUGGAGCAGAAGCUCUUCGACGAGACGUGCUGUGAGCACGCGCGGGACUUCGCGCACCGCUGCGUGCUGCACUUCUUCGCCAGCAUGCAGAACGAGAUGCGGGCACGGGGACUGCAACGGGACAUGGGCAGGGGUGCCGAGCCCCCAGAGCUUAAUGAGCUCCCGAGCUUAGACACCGGAAGCGGGAAGGCCCACCUUCGCGCAGUCUCCAGCAGAGAGCAGGUGGACCAUCUCCUGAGUACCUGGUACUCUAGCAAACCGCCACUAGACCUCACCGCAUCCCCCGGGCUCUGGGGGGGUGGCCUCAACCACCGCGCCCCCACUCUGGACCCUAGCACCAGGCUGUCCCAACAAAAUGACCAGACCAACGCUAAGCAGCUCCGCCUGGUACAGCUCCCUUCGAGAUGCAGCUCCUUCCUCAGCCCAGCCUUCUGCCCACCUCCAUCUAGCAGGUGGGUGUACGAAUCAGAUCUGCAAAUCAGGGUUGGGGAGGACCUAGACAUCUCCAUGCUGAACGAGCGCCCCAGCACUAUCUCCACCACCGCCACCACCACAGCCAUCUCCGCUGUGACCAAUAUCACUACAAAUGUCACUAUUAUAACUGCUGUCACCACCACCACCACCAAAUGCCCUGUCAUCAGCACCAUCACCAUCACGGUCGUUAUUGCCAUCACCACCACCGUCACCACCACCGUCACCACCAUCAUCACUGCCAUCAGAACCACUAUCGCCUUCGCCUCCAUCAGCACCAUCCCCCCCACCACCAUUAUCUCCCCCUUUACGGCCACUGCUAUCACUGCCAUCAUUGCAUCAUCGUACCAUCAUUGUCCGAACUGA